ACAUUACAACAGUGCAAAACAUACCAAGGAAUGCUGGGAACGGGUUGUCCUAAAACCAGUCCUGCAGUUGAAGCCACAGACGCAGACAAAUUUUGCGUUGAGGUCCAAUGGCUACUGCUGGACGAAAUCAGGUUAUCCACUUAUUGAGGCAACUGCAGCAGGCAUCAUGCAAGUGUCCGGCACAUUCUCAUACUUACUCUCAAGCUCCUGUUAUCGGGAAAACAACAGAAUAUGCAUUUGAGAUGGCUGUUUCAAAUAUAAGAUAUGGGGAAAAUGUUACAAAAGAAGUCGGCAUGGAUUUGCAUAAUAUGAACGCAAGAAAUGUGUGUGUAAUGACUGACAAGAAUCUAGCACAACUUCCUCCAGUAAAGGCAGUGUUAAAUUCACUUGCGAAGAGUGAGAUCAAUUUCCAACUAUACGAUAAUGUCCGGGUUGAGCCAACUGAUAAAAGUUUUAUGGAGGCCAUAGAGUUUGCCAGACAAAGAGAGUUUGAUGCUUAUGUUGCUGUGGGUGGAGGUUCAGUAAUGGACACCUGUAAAACUGCCAACUUGUACUCAUGUAGUCCAGAGUCAGACUUUUUAGACUAUGUCAAUGCACCAAUUGGAAAGGGCAAAGCAGUAACUGUACCUUUAAAACCCCUCAUUGCAGUCCCGACUACCUCUGGAACUGGAAGUGAGACCACAGGGAUAGCUAUAUUUGACUAUGAGGAACUAAAAGCCAAAACAGGUAUUGCAUCAAGAAGUAUUAAACCAACUUUAGGUUUGAUUGACCCAGUUCACACACUUUCUAUGCCUGAGAGGGUUGUUGCAAACAGUGGAUUUGAUGUCCUCUGCCAUUCCCUAGAAUCAUACACUGCUCUCCCCUAUAACAUGCGAAGCCCAUGUCCUACCAACCCAUUGGAGCGACCUGCAUAUCAGGGAAGUAACCCUAUAAGUGACGUUUGGGCUAAACAUGCCUUGAGGAUUGUGGCCAAGUAUUUAAAGAGAGCUGUAAAGAAUCCUGAUGACCGUAAAGCUCGAUUCUCCAUGCACCUAGCAAGCUCAUUUGCGGGGAUUGGCUUUGGAAAUGCUGGUGUACAUCUUUGCCAUGGAAUGUCUUACCCUAUUGCAGGACUGGUGAAGACCUACAGAGCAAAAGAUUAUGUUGUGCAGCAUCCAUUAGUGCCUCACGGCCUUUCAGUUGUGCUCACAUCCCCGGCAGUGUUUUCUUUCACAGCAUCAAUGUGUCCGGAGCGACAUCUAGAGGCAGCAGAGAUUCUUGGAGCUGACAUCCGGACUGCCAAAAUCAAAGACGCUGGGCUUAUAUUGGCAGAAACCUUACGGAAAUUCUUAUAUGACCUGAAUGUUGAUGACGGUUUAGCAGCGGUUGGAUACACUACAGCAGAUAUUCCCGCCUUAGUAAAAGGAACUUUGCCUCAAGAACGUGUUACUAAGCUUUCACCUCGACCACAUUCUGAAGAAGAACUGUCACACUUGUUUGAGGCCUCCAUGAAACUGUACUAAACACUUGUGGAUAUGGUGGUACCUGACUGUGACCACCCCCCCCCCCCCAUGUAAGAUCAUGUAAAUGGAAAACUCAAUAAAUAUUUUAACCUUGUAA